CACAUUUUGGUACAUAACUAGUGCAUACUGCACUUGUACUCCAUCUUGUCCCUCCGACACUCUACUUGCUCACAAUGGCUCUGAUGAUGAAGCAGUCGGCCGGCCUGAAGGCCGUGUCCGCCAGCCGCUCGCGCAGGAGCGUCGUCGUCCGCGCCGGCAAGUACGAUGAGGAGCUCAUCAAGACCGCCAACACCGUUGCCUCGAAGGGCCGUGGUAUCCUGGCUAUGGACGAGUCGAACGCCACCUGCGGCAAGCGUCUGGACUCCAUCGGCGUUGAGAACAACGAGGACAACCGCCGCGCCUACCGUGAGCUGCUGUGCACCACGCCCGGCCUGGGCCAGUACAUCUCCGGUGCUAUCCUGUUCGAGGAGACCCUGUACCAGUCCACCAAGGACGGCCGGAAGUUCGUCGACUGCAUGAAGGCGGAGAACAUCGUCCCCGGCAUCAAGGUCGACAAGGGCCUGGUUCCUCUGUCCAACACCAACGGCGAGUCCUGGUGCCAGGGUCUGGACGGCCUGGACAAGCGCUGCUCCGAGUACUACAAGGCUGGCGCCCGCUUCGCUAAGUGGCGCUCGGUGGUCUCGAUCCCCCACGGCCCCUCGCUGAUUGCUCUGCGCGACUGCGCCUACGGCCUGGCUCGCUACGCUGCCAUCGCCCAGAACGCUGGUCUGGUGCCCAUUGUCGAGCCUGAGGUGCUGCUGGACGGCGAGCACGACAUCGACCGCUGCCUGGAGGUCCAGGAGGCCAUCUGGGCCGAGACCUUCAAGUACAUGGCCGACAACAAGGUCAUGUUCGAGGGCAUCCUGCUGAAGCCCGCCAUGGUCACCCCCGGCGCCGACUGCCCCAACCGCGCCGGCCCCGCCAAGGUCGCCGAGUACACCCUGCGCAUGCUGCGUCGCCGCGUGCCCCCCGCCGUGCCCGGCAUCAUGUUCCUGUCGGGCGGCCAGUCCGAGCUGGAGUCCACGCUCAACCUGAACGCCAUGAACCAGUCGCCCAACCCCUGGCACGUGUCGUUCUCCUACGCGCGCGCGCUGCAGAACACCGUGCUCAAGACGUGGCAGGGCAAGGAGGAGAACGUGCAGGCCGCCCAGAAGGCGCUGCUCAAGCGCGCCAAGGCCAACUCCGAUGCUCAGCUGGGCAAGUACGACCCCGCCAGCGAGGGCAAGGAGGCCGCCCAGGGCAUGUACGAGAAGGGCUACGUCUACUAAGCGGCCGGCUGCGGUUGCUGCUGCUACGGUUGCUGCUGUUGCUGCUCGUUAGUAGACGCGGUUGCUGGAGGUUUGGGUACCGCCGGGAUGCGGCUUUCGGCUGGGGCUUUUAGCUGUGGCCGGAGUGGCGCGCAUGGAAGGGCGGUUGUGUGUUCUGGUGGAUGUGAUUGCUGGGAGCAGUGGCGCCUUCCAUUGGGUGUUGCUACUCGCCAGCGGUGCAGUCGUGUACUAGGUACUAGGUACUGGAGGUUGCCUUUUGUCGUGUUGUGAGUACAGUCUUGGAAGCGGGAGGGGCGCAGGCGGGAUUUGAUCUUUAGCGGGGCUGAUAGCAGCUACUAUUGCUGUUGUGCCUUGCGGGGAUUGAGUUCUUAGCCGGGUCUGCAUGUUGCUUGGCAUGUUUGACCGGCUCCGUUCUUCGCGUCUUGCUGUUGAAACCCCAUGCGGCUUGGCUUGAAGAUGUGUAUAAGAUCAACGAAGAUGUAGGAUAUAAAGCAGAAGAACACAAGAUUGUUUGGUAAAUGCGCUUUCUUGGUUUGCAUGUGUUAUGUGUUGUGUGUGGGUGCCUUGUUUGACUUCGGAAAAUGAGGGUACGGAGGUUGGCUUCUUGGCACAGUUGCAGCGCAGCUAUCCUUGGUGCUUUGCGGCGGCAUGGAUAAGAUGUCUCAUGAGAAGAAGAACCUAUUCCAUCACAGCACAGCAAUUCAAGCAUAAGCGCCGGGAUUCCUUUUUGCCCUCAUGUUGCAUUUUGACCCCCCCGCGGCAACAUCGGGCCUUCUGGAUGGAUGCUGGCGAAGCACUCCCGCCUGGGUAGUGCCUUGUGUAAAGCGCUCGUGUACCG